UCACGUCUCCAUCCCACCCAUCCCGCUCAGCAUGUUCACGAACCUCUCCCCCGAAGACAAGGACGCCUUCUUCUCUCUUCUCGACGAGUACUUCGCGUCGCGGCCACACAACCUGCCGUCCCCCCCUGCCAUCGACUCAUCUUCCCAUCCUGCUCGAUCGAAUGCCGCCCUAUCCCCCUCACCGUCAGCAGGAUAUGCCUCUCCAUCCUACUCAUCAGCACGUCACCCCAUGCCCCCGCCAGAGAGAACAGAGCAGCCUGACUCAGCUCAGCGAUUCAUUUCGUCUUCAAUAAAAUAUGGUACAGCAGGAACAAAGUCUAGUAUGAAUGCUGUUUCCAAAAACAAGGAUGCAAUGGACCUCUUGGGCAAAGUUGGUAUGAGCUCGAUGGUUGGCAGAGCGAAUGAAAGGAUGAAUAAGCCCGCCGAAGCGGGUGUCAAGGAAGAAGCUGGAAGGAAAGCAGCGCCGCCCCCCAUUGCAGCAAAGAAGGGUGGCGUGUCAGGCCUCGUUUCAUCCAGAUCUUUCGGACAUGUGGAUACUUCUAAUAAGAUGUCUGCUUUCACAAGCAUGUGGAGAGACCCACAAAAAUCUAAACCGCCUGCCGUGGAGCAAACUAUCUCACCUACUCUAUCCUACUCCAAUACCGCUCUCCCGCCUCCGAUUCGCAGAGAUGGCUCGGGUUCGUACCAGUCUUCAUCCCCGAAUCCCGCAUCUUCAGCUGCUGCAGAGGUCGGUCCCGAGUUAGCAAAUGGUGACGAGGGGCAGGCCCAAGCACUGUACGACUAUACCGGUAACGAUAAAGGAGAUUUAUCCGUACAAGCUAAUCAGGUCGUCAACAUCAUCGAGAAGACCUCUUCUGAUUGGUGGACAUGCGAGGAUGGAAACGGACAAAGAGGUUUGGUACCUGCAACCUAUCUACAAGCCAUUUAAUUCGAUAAUAGAUUCAGAUCGUUCUAACCUUCCGAGCUGCCGGUGCUGUCAUCGACAUCAAUUUACCCUUCUUGUCUCACCGCGUUCUGGGCCU